AUGAUUGUAUAUCAGGAUUUGAAGCCAAAGGACAAGAGCUACCAGAAACAAGUUGGAACGGGCAAUGGAGUUGGUAAAGAGUUGCGAGAUACGAGCAAGGGCCCGCAGUUGUCUAGAAAAUGGGUGCUCCCGCCUAAAUCUGUGCGAAGGGUUGAUUUGGAGGGAUCAGGACAAGCGUCAGUGUCGAAAUCAGGCGUAAUGUCGGUACCAGUGCCGGUGUCUGGUGGAACUGGGAGUGAUAAGGAUUCGGGUAGUUAUAAUGGUAUUGGUGUUGGUAGUGGUAGUGGUAGUGGCGGUGGUAAUGGUGUCACAUAUGCGGAAAAGCGUAGGAAACAGAAUCGUGAGGCGCAAAGAGCAUACCGGGAACGCAAAGCGUCCAAGAUGCAGGAGCUGCAGCAGGCAAUCGACUUCUGGAAGCGUAAGUGCGAGUCUUUGCAGCACGAGUCGAAUGUUUGGAAGUCCAGGUACGAGUCAGCGGUGCUGGAGAGCCGCAACGUCAGCCAGGCGUACGAAUCACGACUGGCAAGUUACAUGAGGGAAAAUUCGGAGUUGCGGGCGAAAAGCUCAGCCAUCGCCACGGAUACUACUUCGAGUGCUGCUGCUGCUGCUGCUGCUGUUCAAGGUUUGGAUACACCGGUAACGAUUUCUCAUAAUACUAGUCCCGCUAUUACCUCAGGGCUUAAUAUAGAGGUGCAAUACGACAAGAAUGGGAACCCCACAGGUAUUCCUUCCUCCUCCGAUGCAUCGACUGGCUUGUCCAAGGACAGUCCCGCGGGACAUACUUCAGGAAAGAGCUGUACUAUCUGUGCCGAUGGUUCUUGUAUAUGCGAUGAACUUGAACUCUCCGGUUCCUCGACCUCGCCGGGCCCCACAUCGUUCCAGGAUCCGUUGCUGCAGUUCACCAUCGAUAACUGGAAACCAAUCAAACCUGUCUCAAUCCAAGCGAAACGUGCUGGUUCGGUGACACCAGCAGGUUCCACUUUGCCCCAGUUCAAACGGCUCAGGACAACGCCAGUGGGGAAUGUCCAGCCAGUAGGGAAUGUCCCGCCAGUAGGGAACAUGGUUACAGAGGAUUGUGGUUUUUGCUCAGAAUCGUCCACUUGUGUAUGCAGAGAAGCCGCUAACGAAACAGCAUGCAAGCAGGAACCCGGAUCCUGCUCUGCUUGCCAGGCAGAUUCUAAUAGCAGAAAGUUUUGUCAAAACGUCGUGCGCUGGGCGCGAGGCGUUUCCCCUGGUGGACAAACUGAGGUGGAAGGCGAGGCUUCUGGAUCCAUUGCCUCGGCAUCAUCUUCUUCUAUAUCUUCUGCCUCAUCCAAUGAAUAUAUUCCGAUAAAUGACGCAUUCCAGCGUAUCAAGAAACACAUGAAGAAUUCGUCGAACCUGUCGCCAAAUACCAUCAACUACGACGCACUAGCACUCAAAGGCCGUAAGGUCCAGCUCAAGAGCGUCAUGGAUAUCAUCAAUGACAUGAACAAGAACUUUAUCUAG